UAACACCAAAUAUCUUAGCGUCAUCAAGACCUAGUCAGGAUUUGGUGGACAAAUUUGCCAUUAUUGAUCAGUUUCAAAAGAUGAAUAUAUGCUCUAUAUUCAACAUGCAAACACCAGGGGAGCACAGUAGUUGUGGUUACGGUGUGCUGAGCUCUGGAUUUUCAUAUGAACCAUCACAAUUUAUGCAGAGAAAUAUAUUUUUUUAUAAUUUUAGCUGGUGUGAUUACGGUGUUGCUUCACUCUCUUUUAUUCUCGACACUGUAGUAGUAAUUCAGUUUUCAAUACUAAAAGGGAAAGUCGCUAUUCACUGCUAUGCUGGCCUAGGUCGAACUGGUGUAAUAAUUGCUUGUUACUUGGUAUUUAAUAACCGCAUUUCAGCUGGUGAAGCCAUCCGUGACAGUCCAUGGGAUUCAUUGGAAAUGAUCCUUCUGCAAGUUGUACUGCCACUCUUAUUAGAUGUUCAAGCGAAAGCCAGUCUCCGUCAGUUAUUACGUUGGUGGUGUGUAAGCGUGGCCUGGUUAUUGGGUUUGCGUAGUUACUUAUUGGGAGAUGUGCCUUUUUCACCUGGGGACUUUAUUGUAACUGAAAAUGGCAGAGAAGUACCUUUCAAACCUGGACAGUAUCCACGGAAUGAAGCCCAGACGUCAAGUAAUCGUGCCAAUGAAGAAUUAAAUCCUGUACAUUCAUCGCAAACAACAUCAAAUAACGAAGCUCGUAAUCUUCAAGCAGAAUUAUAUACUGUAGUUUCAUCAUCCAAUGAAGGAAAUUCGUCUGCUAAUAAUCCCUCCCAUGAACAUGUACAACCUGAAGUCGAUGCGCAAGAUGAUGGUUAUACAGACGAGGAAGAUUUUACACGUUAUGUACCCUACAAAAAAGCCAGUUGCCUGAAACUGAGAAUUUUCAGCCUAAUUAUUUUAUCGCUCAUUAGUCUGAUGUCCUUAAGUCUAGCUUGA